AUGCGAUUCAAUAGUUCAGAUACCGUUAAAGGUGCCGUUUGUGGUAUUGAUCUCGGUACUACGAAUUCAUGUGUGGCUGCAAUGGAAGGUAAGACGCCGAAGGUACUUGAAAAUUCUGAAGGCUCAAGAACUACACCAUCCGUUAUUGCUUUUACAAACGAUGGAGAGCGGCUAGUUGGAUCUCCAGCAAAGCGUCAAGCAGUUACUAAUCCUACGAAUACAUUAUAUGCUACGAAACGUUUGAUCGGUCGACGAUUCGAUGAUGCUGAAGUCCAAAAAGACAUCAAAAUUGUGCCAUAUGAGAUAAUUAAAGCUCCUAAUGGCGAUGCAUGGGUAAAAGCAAGAGAUAAACAAUAUUCUCCCAGUCAAAUUGGAGGAUUCGUUCUCACGAAGAUGAAGGAAACUGCAGAGAGUUAUAUCGGCAGUCAAGUCAAGAAUGCCGUUGUGACAGUACCUGCAUACUUUAAUGAUUCUCAAAGGCAAGCUACGAAAGAUGCUGGUCAGAUUGCUGGUCUGAACGUCUUACGGGUCAUUAAUGAACCAACAGCGGCUGCGUUGGCGUAUGGCAUGGACAAAUCUGAAGAUAAGAUAAUUGCUGUAUACGACCUUGGUGGCGGAACCUUCGAUAUUUCCAUAUUAGAAAUUCAAAAAGGAGUUUUUGAGGUCAAGGCUACCAAUGGUGAUACUUUCCUUGGAGGCGAAGACUUUGAUAAUACUAUCGUUAAUUAUUUAGUAAAAGAAUUUAAACGCGAGCAAGGUCUAGACCUUACGAAGGAUAAUAUGGCUAUGCAAAGACUCCGUGAAGCUGCCGAAAAAGCGAAAACAGAGCUAUCCUCAUCCUUACAGACGGACAUCAAUUUACCUUACAUUACAGCUGAUCAGAGUGGACCGAAGCAUUUGAACUUGAAAUUAACUCGAUCAAAGUUAGAAUCAUUGUGUGAGGAAUUAAUUAACCGCACUUUAAAGCCUUGCGAAAAAUGUUUACAAGAUGCUGGAGUUAGCAGAAGCGACAUUGGUGACGUAAUUUUGGUAGGUGGUAUGACACGAAUGCCGAAGGGUGGUGUUCUAGCUGGUGAGGUAAAAGAUAUUUUGUUACUGGAUGUAACACCACUAUCUCUCGGAAUAGAAACUCUCGGAGGUGUCUUUACAAAGUUAAUCCCAAGAAAUACAACUAUUCCUACUAAGAAAAGCCAAGUCUUUUCGACAGCUGCAGAUGGUCAGACCCAAGUGGAAAUAAAAGUAUGCCAAGGCGAACGGGAGCUUGCUGCUCAUAAUAAAGUUUUAGGACAAUUUCAAUUGGUUGGAAUUCCACCCGCACCGCGUGGUGUUCCGCAAAUAGAAGUAACAUUUGACAUUGAUGCCAACGGUAUUGUAAAUGUAUCUGCAAAAGAUAAAGGAACGGGCAAAGAACAGCAAAUUGUAAUUAGAUCAUCGGGUGGGCUAAAUAAUGAUCAAAUAGAACAGAUGAUUAGAGACGCUGAGAAAUACGCCGAAGAAGAUACAAAACGAAAGGACUUGAUAGAAGCAGUAAAUCAUGCUGAAGGCAUUCUGCAUGAUACGGAGUCUAAAAUUGAAGAAUUUAAGGAUCAGUUACCAAAUGAGGAAGCCAAUGAUUUGAAAGAAAAGAUUGCCGCUGUUCGUAAAAUGUUAGAAAACAAGGAUAAUGAAACUGCGGAGUCGAUUAAGGAAAAGACUAAUGAAUUACAGCAAGCGUCAUUAAAACUUUUUGAAGCAGCUUACAAGAAAAUGGCUUCUGAUUCGGACAGUAAGGAUUCCUCUCAGGCAAAUGAAGACGAAAAGAAAGAAACUUAG